CCAGGGGCAGGCAGCGUACACACACACACACACUACUUGUACAGUACAUUGAUGGAGACGCGAAUGUGUGCCAGUCCGGCAGAGCCCCUGUGAGGAAGCGACGCUGCGCCGAACAAACCGAACCGACGCUGCGUAAUUCCCACCGCGGGACCAUGGCGAGGCUGUCCGCGGCGUGUGUUCUGUAGAGCAGCCUGGACUGGACUGGAGGACGCUGAAUUCCCGAACUGAAGGAAUGUGCCGUUUCGUUGACACGGUCUAGCAAAGUAACAUUAGGAGGGCAGCUCACAUGCACGAAUGCUCCGCCGUGAAGUUUACGCACUGAAUUCGCGUUCUCCUCGCCGUUAUGAAGGUUUUGACUUGAAUGAAUGACGCCACCGCCGCAGCUUCACAGGCUCCGUAGGCAGAUGUAGGCUAUUUCAAGGCUCCGGACGAACUGUGAAUGUACAAUUAUUGAAGCAUCUUCAAAAGGAGGGUUUGUCCAGAUAGAGCAUUUGGAAACAUAUGUUUUUUUUGUCUUUCUUUUUUUGUUGGACUGGACUGUGGAUGUGAGUCUACCGCCCAUCACUUGAAACCCAGAAGACGGCAACCGCGCUGGACGCUGGGAGGGAGCAGCAUAACCGGGAGAUCCAGUUUAAAUGGGGAGAAACAUGUGAAGACCCUUGUGAAGAUUUGACCUGCAAGUUAGCCUUAGACAACAAAAAGGCCGAGGUCUCCUCCCGUCUUCCUGUCGUCCAUCCUCUCUGCUUCCUCGGCCGUUCCCUUGCAGGCCCGUUAAACAUGGCGGGCUGGCGGGCUGUGCGCAGGCCUUCACCUGACCCUAAAGAAGUAGCUAUAUCUGCUCUGCUGGGCUUUUGGCUAUUGGUAAUCCCUGCGUUGUGCAGUGGGCAGACAUUCAGUAGUUUCCACCCUGAACGUCGGGACUGGGUCUUUAACCACCUGACGGUUCACCAAACCACAGGGGCUUUGUAUAUUGGAGCAGUCAACCGUGUGUACAAGCUCUCAGGCAACCUGACCCUCCUGGUUUCCCAUGAUACAGGCCCAGAAGAUGACAACAAGGCCUGCUAUCCCCCUCUGAUUGUCCAACCCUGUACUGAGCCUCUUGUCUCUACCAACAAUGUCAACAAGCUUCUCCUCAUUGAUUACUCCCAGAAUCGGUUGCUGGCCUGUGGCAGCCUCUACCAAGGCGUUUGCAAACUCCUCAGAUUGGAUGACCUUUUUAUCUUAGUGGAGCCCUCCCACAAGAAAGAGCACUACCUCUCCAGUGUGAACCAGACUGGUACCAUGUAUGGGGUCAUUGUGCCUUCACAGGGCCAGGAUGGCACCCUGUUUAUCGGCACAGCAGUGGAUGGAAAACAGGACUACUUUCCUACCAUCUCCAGUCGAAAGCUGCCCCGUGACCCAGAAUCUUCUGCCAUGCUUGACUACGAAUUGCACACUGACUUUGUGUCCUCCCUCAUCAAGAUCCCAUCAGACACACUGGCACUGGUCUCCCACUUUGACAUCUACUAUGUUUACGGCUUCGCCAGCGGCAGCUUUGUUUACUUCCUGACUGUGCAGCCCGAGACGCCAGAGAACAGCAUGUCGUCGAGCGGGUCCGCCAGUGACCUCUUCUACACGUCUCGCAUCGUCCGCCUCUGCAAAGAUGAUCGCAAGUUUCACUCCUAUGUCUCGCUGCCCAUCGGCUGUGUAAAGAACGGCGUCGAGUAUCGGCUGCUGCAGGCCGCCUACCUAGGAAAGCCGGGUCGCUUUCUCGCUGCCUCGCUCAAUAUUAGUGCCCAAGAUGACGUGCUCUUCACCAUCUUCUCCAAGGGCCAGAAGCAGUUCCAUCGUCCGCCGGAUGACUCGGCGCUCUGCGUCUUCACCAUCCGAGACAUCAAUGCACGAAUCAAAGAGCGCCUGCAGUCCUGCUACCAGGGAGAAGGAAACCUUGAGCUCAACUGGCUGCUGGGGAAGGAUGUGCAGUGCACCAAAGCACCGGUACCCAUUGACGACUCUUUCUGUGGUCUGGACAUCAACCAGCCACUCGGUGGUUCUCAGCUGGUGACCGGUCACACACUCUACACCGAGACACGCGACCGCAUGACUUCUGUCACCUCCUAUGUCUACAAUGGCUACUGUGUAGCCUUUGUGGGCACCAAGAGCGGACGCCUAAAGAAGAUUCGCGUCGACGGGCCUCCUCACGGCGGUGUCCAGUACGAGAUGAUAUCGGUCAUCAAGGACGGCAGCCCUGUCCUGCGAGAUAUGGCCUUCUCUCUGGACCGCAACUACCUCUACGUCAUGUCGGAGAGACAGGUAACCCAAGUCCCGAUCGAGUCAUGCGAGCAGUACGGGACCUGUGGAGAGUGUUUGAGCUCCGGGGACCCACACUGCGGCUGGUGUGUCUUGCAUAAUAUCUGCUCUCAGAAGAACCGGUGUGAGCGGGCAGAUGAGCCGUACCGCUUCGCUGCCUCUCUCAACCAGUGUGUGAAGGCCAGUGUGUACCCGGACAGCAUUGCGGUGUCAGAGCCCAGCGUACCUCUGCUGGUGAAGGUGAGCCACGUUCCGGACCUUUCUGCGGGCAUCACCUGCUCCUUUGGCAACCUGACGGAGGUAGAGGGGCAGGUCAAUGGCAACCAGAUACUCUGUGUGUCUCCUGCUGCCAAGGACGUCCCCCUCAUCCCCACCGACCAAGAUUGGUCAGGCGUCGAGCUGAGGCUUAACUCUAAGGAGACUGGUCAGAUGCUUAUCAGCACAGAGGUCAAAUUCUACAACUGCAGCGUCCACCAACUGUGUCUGUCAUGCGUGAACAGUGCCUUCCGCUGCCACUGGUGCAAGUACCGCAACUUGUGUACCCAUGACCCCUCCAGCUGUUCCUUCCAGGAGGGACGAGUCAACGCCUCAGAGGACUGUCCACAGCUGGUGCGCUCUGAGGAGAUCCUGAUCCCAGCGGGGGAGGUGAAGCCUAUCACCCUGAAGGCCAGGAACCUGCCCCAGCCCCAGUCUGGCCAGCGAGGCUACGAGUGCGUCCUCCACAUCCAGGGUGUCAGCCACAGAGUCACCGCCCUCCGCUUCAACAGCUCCAGCGUGCAGUGCCAGAACAGCUCGUAUCUGUACGAGGGAAUGAAAAUCAGUGAGCUGCCUGUGGAUUUCUCGGUGGUGUGGAACGGCAACUUCAUUAUCGAUAACCCGGAGAAUAUCCAAGUGCACCUGUACAAGUGUGCAGCCCAGCGGGACAGCUGUGGCACAUGUCUGAAGGCAGAGAGGAAGUUUCAGUGCGGCUGGUGCAGUGGAGAGGGGAGGUGUACCCUGCUGCACCACUGCCCUCCCAUCAAUCCUUACACCACCCGCUGGCUAAACCUGUCCAGUAAGAAUGUCAAGUGCACCAACCCACGCAUCACUGAGGUGACGCCAGUAGCUGGACCUCCAGAGGGAGGCACACGGGUGACCAUCCAUGGCAUGAACCUCGGUCUGGCCUUCUCGGACAUGGUCGAAAACGUGGAGGUGGCAGGGGUGAGGUGUAACCCUGUAGAGGAAGGCUACAUCAUCGCUGAACAGAUUGUAUGUGAGAUGGAUGCAGCUCCUGCCGACAGUAGACCGGGUCCAGUCCAGCUGUGCGUUGCAGAGUGCAGACCAGAGCUCAGGGCUCGCUCCUCGCAACUCUACUCCUUUGUGACUCCCACAGUCACAGGUCUGUCCCCGAGCAGAGGUCCAGAGUCUGGGGGCACCAAAGUAACCAUAAUGGGAGAAAACCUUGGCGCCGGCAGCAGUGUCAACGUUCAGUUUGGAAACCAGACAUGCGAGUACUUUGGACGGACCAUGACGGAGAUAGUGUGCUACUCUGCCCCUUCCCUGUCCGGGGUCGGCCAAGUGCAGAUCAGUGUGAGCGUGGACCGCGCUCAAAUCAGGGAGAGCCUCACCUUUGACUACAUAGAAGACCCCACUGUCCAGCGCAUUGAACCAGACUGGAGCAUUGCAAGUGGCCACACCCCCCUGAUGGUGACGGGGACCAAUCUGGACGUGGUUCAGGAGCCCAGGAUCCGAGUCAAAUACGCCGGCCGAGAGUCCGUCAAUGUGUGCAAAGUAAUAAACACCACCUGUAUGAGUUGCUUCGCCCCCUCCUUGAUGGCAGAGUACAAUCCAGGUUUGGACACAGUAAAGCACGCCGAUGAGUUUGGGUUCAUCUUUAACAACGUCCAGGCGCUGCUGGUCUACAACAACACCAACCUCCUCUACUACCCAAACCCUUACUUUGAGCCCCUCAGCGCCAACGGUGUGCUGGAGCAAAAACCUGGCUCACCCAUCAUCCUCAAGGGCAGGAACCUGGUUCCCCCAGCAUCAGGAGGGGUGAAGCUUAACUACACUGUGCUGAUUGGUGAGACUCCCUGCUCUGUCACUGUGUCUGAGAACCAGCUGCUGUGCGAGCCUCCCAACCUCACCGGACAAUACAAAGUGAUGGUUCAGGUAGGUGGUCUCCACGUCUCUCCUGGUGCGGUCCACAUCAUGUCUGACAGCCUGCUGACCCUUCCGGCCAUCGUCAGCAUCGCCGCCGGCGGGGGCCUCCUCCUCAUCAUCGUCAUCCUCGUCCUCAUCGCAUACAAGCGAAAGUCACGCGAAAAUGACCUCACUCUGAAGCGCUUGCAGAUGCAAAUGGACAACCUGGAGUCACGAGUUGCUCUAGAGUGCAAAGAAGCUUUUGCCGAGCUGCAAACAGACAUCAAUGAGCUAACCAGUGACCUGGACAGAGCUGGUAUCCCCCAUCUGGACUACAGGACAUACGCCAUGAGGGUCCUCUUCCCCGGCAUAGAGGAUCAUCCUGUCCUCAGAGAACUGGAGGUGUCGGGGAACGGCCAGCAGAAUGUGGAGAAGGCCCUGAAGCUGUUUGGUCAGCUCAUCAACAACAAGGUGUUCCUGCUCACCUUCAUCCGAACACUGGAAAUGCAGCGCUCGUUCUCCAUGAGGGACCGAGGCAACGUGGCCUCACUUAUCAUGACGGCCCUGCAGGGGCGGCUGGAGUACGCCACCGACGUCCUCAAACACCUUCUCUCGGACCUCAUUGACCGCAACCUGGAGAGCAAGAACCACCCCAAACUGCUGCUGCGCAGAACGGAGUCGGUUGCGGAGAAGAUGCUUACAAACUGGUUCGCCUUCCUCCUUCACAAAUUUCUCAAGGAGUGUGCCGGGGAGCCUCUGUUCAUGCUGUACUGCGCCAUCAAGCAGCAGAUGGAAAAGGGGCCCAUCGAUGCUAUCACUGGAGAGGCCCGUUACUCCCUUAGUGAAGACAAGCUCAUCCGCCAGCAGAUCGAGUACAAAACCUUGAUCUUAAACUGUGUGAACCCGGACAAUGAGAACAGUCCAGAGAUUCCAGUAAAGGUGCUCAACUGUGACACCAUCACCCAAGUGAAGGAGAAGAUACUGGACGCUGUUUACAAGAACAUGCCCUAUUCUCAGCGGCCACGUGCUGUCGACAUGGACCUCGAGUGGCGCCAGGGGCGAAUGGCUCGUGUGGUGUUGCAGGACGAAGACAUCACCACCAAGAUAGAAAAUGACUGGAAGAGACUCAACACUCUCAUGCACUAUCAGGUGUCAGACCGCUGCGUUGUGGCUCUGGUGCCCAAACAGACCUCAUCCUACAACAUCCCCUCCUCAGCCAGCAUAUCCCGCUCCUCCAUCAGCAGAUACGACUCUUCGUUCCGCUACACGGGCAGUCCCGACAGCCUCCGUUCACGUGCUCCCAUGAUCACCCCUGACCUAGAAAGUGGUGUGAAGGUGUGGCACCUGGUGAAGAACCACGAACACGGAGACCAGAAGGAAGGAGACCGCGGUAGCAAGAUGGUCUCUGAGAUUUAUCUGACCAGGCUGCUAGCUACCAAGGGUACCCUACAAAAAUUUGUCGACGACCUAUUCGAGACGUUGUUCAGUACAGUUCACCGAGGGAGCACGCUUCCCCUCGCCAUCAAAUACAUGUUUGACUUCCUGGAUGAGCAGGCGGACAAACAUGACAUACAUGACACAGACGUGCGUCACACGUGGAAAAGCAACUGCCUUCCAUUGCGCUUCUGGGUGAACGUGAUCAAGAACCCCCAGUUCGUGUUUGACAUCCAUAAGAGCAGCAUCACGGAUGCCUGUCUGUCCGUGGUAGCUCAGACCUUUAUGGAUUCUUGCUCCACUUCAGAGCACCGUCUGGGCAAAGACUCCCCAUCCAAUAAGCUGCUCUACGCUAAAGAUAUCCCCAAUUACAAGAGCUGGGUAGAGAGGUACUACGCUGACAUCAACCGGCUGCCGGCCAUUAGUGACCAGGACAUGAAUGCCUAUUUGGCAGAACAGGCCCGACUCCACUCCACAGAGUUUAACAUGCUCAGCGCUCUCAAUGAGAUCUACUCAUACGUCAGCAAGUACAGUGAGGAGAUCACAGCCGCCCUGGAGCAGGAUGAACAGGCGAGGAAGCAGAGGUUGUCCUACAAGGUGGAGCAGCUGAUCUCGGCCAUGUCCCUGGAGAGCUGAGAGCGACCGGCGCUCGGAGAGAGAGACAAGGAGCACACGCCGCGCGGGGCCCUCGCAAAGAAGGUUCCGCAUUACUUACCUCUCAUCGUGGCAGCUUCCACCACGAAACCAGACCGGGGACCUCUCUGUAUUCACGGUCGGACAGACAUACAACAGCUUUAGUUUGUAAUUCUUUCCUUUCCUUCCAUGAUGGCACCAGCUGAGGGCCCACAGACUGAGAUAGAGGCCCUGCAGCUGGAGCCAAUAAUGGCUUAAGGAAGGACCAUAAGCAGAGAAGGAAUGACCAUGGCGCGUAUUUAUUCUUUUUUUUUUUUUUUUUUUUUUGCAAAGUAUAUUUCUCAGUUCGACAGGAAAUUGUGUGCGUGUGCGUGUGUGUGUGCGUGUGUGUGCGUAAGACUGCAAAACCGUGAGAGCAAACGGACGAACAGAUUUUACUCUGCACUCAGUCAGAAACUUACACCCAAGUGUAAAAUGGAGACAACAACAGAAAUAACCUACGAGAAGCAGAGGAGCAGAUCUCACAUCGGGCUGCUGAGUGUGCGUUCAGAUUUCCCAGAUUUUGUUAUUUUUUUACUUGUACAUUUGAAUAUUAUCAGUUGCAGUUGAAGACAUCCCCGCAAGUGUUGUGCAAAGACUUAACGAGCGGGCGGUGUUGUCGUGAAACAGGCCACGGUCCACGUCUUCUCUCACUCCUUUUCCCUCCUCGGACUGAUACUCUUCCUCCAAUCAGAAGUGUACAGGAAAACGUAAAAGACAAACAUGUGCUCCUCUUUAAGAGUCAAUGGAUGGUCACAGGUUCAGCCAGCAUGCUUGCACCUAACCUGAGGACGGCGGAGACGAAGUCUAUAGUGUAUUUAGGAGAUUACCAUAAAUCAGCAUCAAUCUGGUGUCCAAGGUUGUUGUUGUUGUUUUUUUCAGCAGUUAGGUCCUCUGUGUAUGUACUGGUUGAUUCUUGCCAAUGUGUUUAUGUGAAUGUACAAAUGUUUUUCAUUUGUUUGUCCGUUUUGUAUGUCUAUUUGAGUUUUACAAACAGAAAAGGGGCUCAGUUGAACUGAGCUCCGUGGGUAUUUGCAGUAGCCCGUCAAGUGAAUAACUCCUUUUGUCCGUCCUGGCCCAGCCACGUCCCAACAAUUAUUUACCCUAUACCCCUUUUUUUCUGCUAGAGCAGAGUGUGUAUCGUCUGCAGUUAGUAGAGACCAAACAAGAGCAAUCGGUCUCUAUAAGCUAAUAAUCACCACUAUAUAACCACAGUGUGAAUCUAUUUGGAAACUUGGUCCACUUUGAGUGUACUUUUUCAUGCAUGCUAUCACACGUCAGUGCUCCAAGGGUCCAUCUUUGAUUCUAUCAAGUGCCAAUGAGUCACUUUUAUUGACCAGCUGAUGGGAGAUCCCCCCCCACCCCCACCCCCACCCAGACAACAUAAAGCCUAGCUCCGUGUGCCAAAAGAUCGUGUUGUUUUUAAAUUGUCGCUAAUGUGUCAAUAAUCGGUUCAUGCUUUACAGAGGGCAGCGUAGCUCUCACACUGGAGAGUAGAGCCGGCUCAUGUUGAAGCUUAUCAAUUUUAACUGGAAUGGUUGAGUUUUGAAACUCGUGUUUAAAA